AGAGAACCGUACUUAGGUCGUUGAAACUCGACACUAUUUCUUUACAAUUCUUAAAAUUUGAUCUGAAUUCGUGUGCUUACAACUACCGGCAAGUAGAACUCAGGAAAAUAAUCGAUAAGCUAUUAGCUAUUAAGUAACCGGUCAUGAAAAAGUGUAUUGGUAUACUUCAGGUUGAAUAUAACAAGUUAACAUACGCUUAAGUGUCAUUGAAACUAUGUGCUGUAUUCGAUAUUUCGAUUUAAAUGCUUGGUUAAUAGUGUGGAGAUCAGGUGAAUCACGGUUAAAUUGAGGCAUUCUUGUGUUCGGUGUAGUAUUGAAUCAAUUUUAAAUGUAGGUUUGCAUAUGAAGACGUUUUAAACGUGUGUUAGCAGUGAAACUAGGGCUCUGUAUAGAUGGCUGAUGAAAGCAUCCCGCGUGAUGUACCAGGAGGGGUCCCUAGACAGGGCAGUGUGUCCAGCAGUCACGUUCAGUUUCAAGGAGAACUUGCCUCUGCAGAGACAUGUACAGUGAUGAAUUUUCUGGGCUAUGGACCUUACAUCCGACAGGCACGGAGAGACGCCUACAAAGAGUGUGGAAGGCUAUUAACUGCUCAAAGUCGUGAUGGGUCAACGUGGAUCAUCGCGGGUAGCAAGGCUGAGGGUCUUACAAGCUACCUUGAGAGCGAUAGAGACUAUAUUAGUGUUGUAAAAGGUGUCAUCUGUUUAGAAGAAGGUGUUGAUUCAAGUACCAUUCCUGGGGAGACAAACAUAUUGAGAUCAUGCAGUCGUUUGAGUUACCCCGGACAUUGUCGAUUGCUACUAGAGAGAUUCGGUACAACGGCCUCUAUUCAAUUCACCGAAGCCUUGUGUGAUGAUGGAUAUGGUCGCCUCUUUUUGAGCAGUGACUUAUAUGUUAAUGCGUGUUCGGACGUUAAACAUACGGAAGACGUAGUAGUACACGAGCGUGCGGGACCGUCCACGCCUAGUACACUUGCAAAAGAUUUGCACACAGAUUUAGUGCAUGCACUACAUUUUUACUGUCCCGGCAUCGUAACAAGAUGGGCGACACGACAUCGCAACUGGCCAACACCUAACGUUGUCCAGGAGGUUGUAUCACUUGGGGCACUUGUAACUCCCGUUGGAAUGAAAGGCAGUGAUUAUGAACAUGUUGAAUGGAGGAUGUGUUUUAACACAGCCGAAAGCGUACUGGUACAAAAUCUUAACGACACCCAAGUGAAACUGUAUGUUUUAUUAAAAAUGGUAAAAAAAGAUGUAUUAAAACCACGUAAGAAAGAGUUUACAUCGUUCACGAUGAAAAACAUUGUAUUAUGGAUAGCAGAAAAUAACCAACAGUUAUUGUUUCAUGAAAGAAGCCUGAUUCAUUGGCUGCAUGAAGGAUUGGAUGCGCUAAGAGUUGCUAUAGAUAAGAGAGAGCUGCCCUAUUACAUAAUUCCAGAGCGCAAUCUGAUGGCAGCCUGUGAUCUGGAUAAUGAACAGCAGCGUGCUUGGAUAGCGACAAUUAAUGAACUGAUUGAAGAAGGUCCAAGAAUCAUAUUGAGACUUCCGAAAAUACGACGAGCUAUUAUCGCUCAUCCUGAGCCACUACGAUGGCACAGCGGGAUGAAAAUAGAGAUGGAGAUGCUGGAGCUGAUAAAAAUGUACAGAGCUGCCUUGGGCGUGGAUAUGGAGACAGAUAUUAUUUAUCAGGUAGCAAAACGACGUCAGCAUGAGAUUGCGAGUGAGGUUAACCUAGAAUGGAUUAUGGACUGGAGAUCCACGGGGGAUCUAGUAAUUGAUCUAAAUUAUGCAUAUACUAGUCUGUUGAUGUAAAGCGAAAAUAUUGACAAUUUGACUUGCAAAUUUAACACUAAUAAAUAGGCGAGUUUCCGUCUGUAGCGAUAGAUCGUGGGCCCGUCGGACAUGUCCGACAAAAAUGUCAAAAGGCCGGAGUUGACCUUUAAGAUCGUCGGACUAAAUGACUAUCAAAUAAAUUUAUCCCUCUUGACCUUUUCACAAAUAAAUUAUUUUGCGUUACCAAUUCCAAUGACCUGGGUAUCUCCGAUAAUGUUUCUCCAAAGUUCGUAACAUACGUUAGUGCACUACACUGCAUAAUCAAUAAAUUGAGAUAAUGAUUUUAAAGGUGAACUUUACCGGUCAGCCAAUGAGUAAGUGUAUGCAAAAGAACGAGUUGAUAAUGCUCUUUCAAUGUGUAAAUGUGUAUUCAUAUCUAGGCAAACAUCACACUUUGUUGAUAUACAAUGUAUACUUACUAGUGUCCAUUAAUAGAGGAGGUAUGCACAUUGAUAUAUAGAUGUUUCAUUUUCUUACUAGGGCUUAGGUAAAAGUGGACGUAAACAAGAAAUUGUGAACAUUAUUUUCUCUGUGUUGAUAUUACAUAUAUGGAUGUUCUUGUUUCCUAUUAAUUAAUAAGUCAGGUGGAAUGUUUAAUUGUUUUAUAACCAUGGAUUACACUGGACUGUCGUUGCAAAAUAUCCGUAUAAACUUGUAACAGUGUUUUAGUAUUCCCCAUUGUACAAAAACAGACAAAAUGUAUAUUUGAUACUGAUUUAAAACUUUGCUACCAAUUUCCGAUAAAAGAAUGUGCAUGGCCUUCCAUGGCCUAAUAAUUCACCGCGUUAAUGUACGAUUUGUAACCCAGUGAGCAUAACGUACAUGUGGAUGCUUAAUAUGUAUCUCGAUAAUCCUUGAUAGUAUGUUCGUAAAGGUAUUUAGUCUAUAUGUCUGCUUUAUUAUAUUUCAACCUGUAAUGCUAAUGUCGCAGUAUGAUUUCAUUAUUGUAAGUGCUGCAUGUAUUGUUAAAACUAUUAUAUUAGUUUAGUUUUUGUUGAAACUAUGUGCAAAACAAUAAUGUUUUCGUUGUUCAUGAUACGUAUUUAAUACCUUUAGGUAUCUGUCUAGGAAAUGCGCAACAUCAUGCGAACAUAACAUGGGUCUUAUGAUUUAUAACGCCAACGUAUCUUCUGACAAGCAUGUGCAUUAGUGCCGUUUGUUCAGGAGCUACCCUGUCCGCUACUAAGACCGCAAAACCUUUACGGCGGAUACCGUAUCUUGUGACAAGAGUGCACCACGGAGAUAAGCUAGCCAUAUGGCAUUGAACCUAUGUUUGCAUGAAUCCGACCAUAUUUUGUUUCAUUAAAUAACAAACGUGGUGCAGUUAUUGCGUACUUGUUAGAUUGUCUUAUGCAAAUUUGCGUUUAAUUUACUGCUACAGUUAGUCUCGAUUUGAUUGUUACGCAUUUUAUUUGACAUGUAUUCGUUCGUUAGAUUGCACAUUUUUUCAUAACUCAUCAUUAGUAUGUAUGUCUUUUUCGUGAGGUUUUGUUUUAUUUCAAUUUAGUGAAAAGCUACAAGUUGUACCCUAAAGAAGAUAUCUUUGUCAUUGUGCAUUGUUUGCCGAUUUUGUCAAGUUUUACACCUUACCUCAAGGGAAACAAAAGUUGCGUGUAUCGCGUGUCUGUUUGACGGCAAAUUUGGUUUAGGUGUUUAUGAUUAAAGGGUGGAGUUUUCAAUACUUUCAGGUGAAACCAACACUAUGAUGUCAAAUUGUUUGCAAAUAUGCGUCGACGCACUCAACAUGAUUUAGUUUAUUUAACACAAUUUAAUUGCACAUUUUACAGUUCGCAAUUAUACUUGUAUUAUUGAAUGUAUGAAUGUGUUACAUUAAACGUUUUUUCAUCAUGAGACAUUAAUCCAAUAAGUACAAUUUAUAUGCAGCUCUUUAUUUGCUCUUUUACCAUGUAGUCGACAAUACAUAUGUUCACUCGCAAUAAUUUUAAUUGAUCUCAUUAAGUGCAAGAAAAAGAUUUAAUAAAGUUAAUCACCAUACCGUUUAUUAAUAUUGUAUUGAUAAACCGAUUCGCGUAAAAUUGAUUUAUACAGUCGGAAAGUUAAAGAGCAAUAAAAAUCCGUCGCAUAACCCAUGGUAAGGCAUGUCAUCGUAAUCAUAAUUAUAUAAAACUGAGUAUGUUAUGACGAAAUUACAUAGACAUUGUAAAAACAUUCCUCAUAAACAAUCUUCAUCCGCAGCACAUACCGUAGAAAAACAAAGUUCGUGUUAAGUGUAAGAGAUGUAUUUAUUGGUUUCGGAAGUUUAUUUUUGGAUUCUAACUUUUUGUAUAGUAUUAUAAACAGCUUCAUGCAUUUGAUAUUUUUUCUUUUAUAUAGUUGUAAAAACUCAGACAUGUUAAACAGACGCAAAUGAGAGUGAUAACAAUGUGCAACUAAUUGAUAAAUACACAUGAAUUUGCAUUAUUUUUUGUUAGUUGUUUAUGCCUUUUUGUGUAGAGUAAUUUUGAGGAAGCGUUCUAUAUCAAAAACGUAU